AUGAGGCUGAAAUUUUUGAGACGCCGAUUGCUGGUACCGCUCGCAGGAGUCGGACUGUUGGCUAUCACGAUUCUUAUAAAAGCGUAUUUGUUCCAAAGACAGAGAUGUCAUAUCGUGUACGAAAAAGCAAAUCAUUUGGGAAUGAAGGUAACUGGAUGUGGUCUUCUCUAUAACUAUAUCGCACACUGAAUACACUAGCUGCAAAACAUUUUGACAAAAAACUUAAGAAAAGUCCUGGGGUCAAAAUAAUGGGGAUGAUACUAUUAAUGAUAGUUGACGAGAGUUGACGACUUACUGAGUUCUCUCUUUUGACUGGUAAACUAUAAAGUCCUGGUAAAACGUGGCUGAGAGUUGAGAAGCGAGAGUUUGCAUCAGUAUCAGUUCCCUGAAACAUCUCCUAUAAAUCCUUCAAAACGUAGAAUUUACCUAAGCAAAAUAUCUGCGUGACCACCAAAAACCCCCUCAAAAAACAUGAACGAAAUUAUGUAUUCAAAAUUUUGAGUAAAAUUACGACAAAUUUAUGAGCAAAUCUAUUUUACUUCACUUUAAAGAGUGACAUAAUCUUACUCAAAAUUUUGAUUCGCUGCAUGUGGGCGGAUAUGCAUUAUCUGUUUUACUCAACAUUCGCAGUACGAGUUAGUUACUAAAACAUAGAUAGGAACGGAUAUGGAUUCUAUCGUUUUUGACAAGUUAGGUUUAAAGCAGAUUGAGCAAUCUAGUCUUAUAUAUGAAAACAGUUUGCCAGCUAUAGGUUUAUUGUAAAUUCCUAUGAUUUUAAGCUUACUCAUAUUCUCGUUGAUUUAGACCGAAGAACAAAACGACAAGACAGAAGAUAUUUCAAAUAAUGACAAUAAUUCAGUAAGCCUGUACUCAAAAUAUACUCAGGGUUUGGCCGGCCAUAUUAGAGCAGUUUAAUAAGACGUUAAUUUCGAACUGGAACUGAUGAGCAAAAGAACAUGUUUUGUGAAUUGCUUGGUUAAACAAAAGCAAUCAGCCUUUGUGAUGCGUCCUUGUCUUAACAAAAGCAAUCAGCCUUUGUGAUGCGUCCUUUAGAAAAUUUAGUCUUGUUUUAUCAGUCAGUUGUGUUUUGUCCGAACCAACGGUGCGAAGCGAGGGUACCAAUUAAUUCCGCUUGGCUAUAUUCACACCUACGCGCCAAGUUUAAAUAGUACAUGACUAUGUUGCUCAGGAAAACAUGCACAGCUUUCCUGAAAACUGUUAAUUUCAAUGAACAUUUAAUUAAAACGUUUUACGAAGAUACUUUUUGUGUGUGUUGGUGUUAUGUACUCAGGUGAAUAUGAUGUUUGUGAUGUUACUCUGAGUGUGCAUCCACACCGGGCAAGCUGAAACGUUUGCCUGCAUGACCACGGUGGGAAUCGAACGCGCGAUCUUUGGGUUUUACGAAGAGUUUCCCGUUGAAUUUUACAGUUAAAAUAAGCCCAUAGAUGCAAAAUAACACACUAAAUUGUCUUACUUUAUAUAUUUUAGAUAUUGUUAGUUCUACUAUAGCUAAAAUUGUUGAACUUCCAUUUAUUUUGUUCUGUUUUGUAAGUUAAAUAGAAAACAGUGAUCGUGUUGCCAAGGCUAACAAGACGCGGAUAACGCGAGCCUGCGAUCAGUGUUGGCGUAAUUCAUGUUGUUGCAUGCAUGUAUUUCUAGUAUUGCUAUAAUCAACCAGUCACAAAACCUGUUCGUAUAUACAAGUUGGUGGUCAUUUAAUUUUUAAAUAGCUAUAUUAUAUAAUUAUAAGUUAAUUUUCCAGAAACUGAAAACAAUUCUUUUCUAGAUACCAUUGUUAACAGUUUCUAAAGAUAUAACAAUUGGCCCGGAUGAAUGGAUAAGCAGGACAAUACUUGAUUCAAAGGUAUACAUUUAUUCUUAUACUGAUUGUCUCGGGUAUAGGUGACUGUAUAUUAUAGGAAGCCAUUUUUGAAAACAAACUAUUUUAAAAUUCCCCGGCCGCAUGCGCAAAACACGAAAUUCUACCUUUUACAUAGAUACAUACAUGACUUACAUGACCAGGAAAUUCUGUUCUUGAAGAUUGUAAAACAUUUCAAAGAGACGACAAAAUUUAGCCUCCUCCGCAGGCUUCGCUAUGUGUUUUAGCCUGCGAAUGGGUUUAAAGAAUACAUUUCUGGUUUUUCCGACCACCCGAUUCAGGUGAGAUGCCUGCGGAGGAGGCUAGACAAAAUUUUGAACUCUUUAAAGAUGAAGACAACUGUCAUGGUUAAACCAUGAUCAGAAAAGUUCAACUCCCGAAAAGAAAUACUUGCUACUAUGACUUUUUUAAAUGAUUGCACUAUUGCAGAACCUAUUUCGACACUCUGUUGGCCCUUUAUACUAUAACACUGAGCAAAACAAUUGUGCCAUUCACAUUGCUGUGACGUUUGUAAAAAGGGCCAUCAGCCCAUCAUGCAUGGCCGCGACCAUCACGACCACAUGAAUGCGGCCUGCAAUCAGCUGCAUCUAAGAACUGAAGAGUCAAUGAACGUAACUAACAUUCAACCGCUUUUUCCACUUCAAUGUAGAGAGAAUGUGCGGCAUCGCUCGAAUCAGAAGAGAAAGAUAAAAAGUCAGACCUUGCUUGUGAGAUACCAGACAUUGAUCCAUUCCAUCCAUCUAUGAUGAAAUUACUUCACAACGUAACGAUGCCAAGUUGCUCGCAAUAUAAAUCUUAUGGAAAAUUAGUCAACGGCAAAAUACAGUUUUUAGGUAAGUUUAACCGUUUGUCUACUGAAUACACUUUCUUAGAUGUUGCUGUAACCUGCGAUCAGGCCCUAUAAAUUGGAAACUAGGGCCUGAUAAAAAAGUUUGUUGAACUGUAUGUGCCGACAAAAGUUUCAUACCAAAUUUUGAUAUGAAUCUCUGAUUGGCCAAUAAAAGUUCAACUCGAAUAAACUUCUGGUUACUUCCCAACCAGAAGUUACCUUCCCAACCGUAAAAACCCUGCAAUUAAAAUUUACUUACGGAAAACAAAUGGGGCAGAAAGAUACUUCCAGAAAACAAAAACCUUUCCGAGGGUUUAGAUUCCCCCGGCGUGGAGGGGGACUGAGGGACUGCCGACAACAUAUCAAGAAAUGGGGGGGAUAGAGGUAUGCAAAUCCGCCGAUCCGCCCAAAUUUGAAGAAAAAUCCGCGAAUCGACAAUGGUCUUGUCUAAAUUUGAAUCCACUAAAAGCUCUACUAUGAAAUCACAAUCCAGGAUCCGAACUAAAUUGCAAGCUAAAUCCACAAUCCGAGCCAAAAUAUUAGAUAAAUCCGCAAUCCGCUGUAUUAAUAAGAUCCGCAAAUCCGUGUAAAAUAUUCGCCAGAUCCGAAAUCCAAACAAUUUUUUCUGUGAAAUCCGACGAUCCGAAAACCUAUUCACCCCCCCAAGAAACGAAAUACACCCACAUUUCGCUCUUGUCAAGUUUGCUCCUCCUUUCAUAACCUUCACUUAUAUCCAAUUCAAUUUAUCUAUCCACUCAUUUGAGCCUGUCUGUUUAUUUGUAAAAUCAACAUUCAAGUCUGGAAAUUAUUUAUAGCAUAAUUACUACAUCAGAUCACAAGGGGUUCAACUACUGUCAGUAACAAGUGUAAAAUAAUCAAAGUAAUAAACUUACUUAUGAAAUUCUUCGCUGGAAUGUCAACAUGCAGAGAAGGAGCAGAAAAUAUUAUCUAUAUUAAGCAUUAUAGAAUCCUCAACAGGUAAGUAAUGUGGGCGCGUAUGAGGUAAUAGUAUCUUUAAUAAUAGAUAAAUUAAUAAUAGAAGGGAUGAAACACUGGUCACGUGAUCGUUCGAUGUUUACCAUGAGUAGCCUAUCCACUCGGAGAUUUCCGACGCAGUUCAGAAAUGUAUCUCAAUUCUCAAAGCUAUUUUUGAUUUUAUAGAGCAAUUUCUGAUGUGAUUUACAUUUUUAAAACCUUAAUAUUGAAACUAUAGUCUAUACCGGCGCCAACAAACGCUAUUUUUAAAAUCUGAAUGCAAAUCCUAGCAUCUCACGAGUGCCGAACUUCAUCCGACUGGAUAGGCUACUCUUGGUAGACAUAUCGCGAAAAUUGCGAAGAACUUGCUGUUAAAAAUCAUUUCUCAGUUAUUUCUUGCUGUUAAAAAUCAUUUCUGUGUUAUUUCUUUACUAGAUAUCUUUGAUAUAUGCUAAAUACGUUGUAAAAUAAUCAAAUUAUAUAUAUGUCGAAACGGUUAAAGCAUUUUAAAAAAUCAUGUGACCAGUGUUUCAACCCUUCUAUAUAUUACUUUGUCUAUUGUUAAUUAUGCUAUGACUUCAUACGCGCCCGCAUUACUUACCUGUUGAGGAUUCUGUAGUACUUCAUAUAGAUCAUUUCUCUGCUCUUUCUCUGCUCGUUCAGAAGAACCAGCACGUCAUGGAGAACGGACGUGUAGACUUGAGCUCUGAAAAAUUGGCCGAAUCUUUAUCACGUUUUGUGGAAAGUGAUGAUUCCAGACAUUGUGAAUUGAAUAUAGAAAGCUCCUUAAAUGCUGUAAACAUUUUGUACAGCCAUUUCUGCUAUAAGAAGAACAAACUUAAAUGGGCUGGUUCGUUGGAAGAUCUGAAAGCCGUCGUGCUCACUGUAGUGGACGAACAAACAGCUGAAACUACAACCUGGCGAUCGCCUGGCGGUGGUACGUGGAAAUUCGACAGUAAGGCACUGUGUGUUACCUGGCAAACAAAGAGUCAGAAUAUUUAUUUUGAGGGCGAAAACGGCGAGGAAGUGACCAAACGGAUAAUUUUCGCACUUAAACCAAGGCGUGCACGCUUCGUUGAAAGCAUAUUCUCUCGAAAUUAA